GACAUGUACACUGAUCAUCAGGGCACUGAUGAUCAGUGUGCCCUGGUAAUCAGUGUGGCCCCAGAAGUGCCACCUGUCAGUGCCCAUCAGUGCCACAUGCCAGUGCCCAUCAGUGCCAUGUGCCAGUGCCCAUCAGUGCCACAUCAAUGCCACAUAUCAGUGCAUACCAGUGCACAUCAAUGCCACAUAUCAGUGCCCAUCUGAGCUGCCUUUCAAUGUCACCCAUCAGUGCCACCUAUCAAUGCCAAUCAGUGCCACCUAUCAGUGCUGCCAAUCAGUGCCACCUAUCAGUGCCAUCAGUGCUGCCUAACAGUGCCAGUCAGUGCCGCCUAUCAG